AUGACUCAGGCUGGCCCUGUCCUUGCGCCUGCUGCGGAGCCAGUUCCCGUCGUGGCGUUGUUUUCUGCGCCUGCCGUGGCACCUGGUCCUGCGCCCGCGUCAUCGCCCGCUCCAGUGCUCGCCUCGGCGUCUGCUCCUGCGCCCGCUCCUGGGCCGUCUGCGGCGUCUGAUCCUGCGCAUACUCCUGCACCCGCGCCGGUAGUUCCACCUGUCCCCGUGGGGGUGUCAGCGCCCGUGCCUGUUGUCGCGGCGUCGUCUGCUGCUGUUGGAGCAGCCUCCGUGCCGCCACCGGUUGCGCCUGCCGUGACGCCUUCUGCUGCUGCUGCGGACCCGACUUACCAGCCACCUCCAGCCACCAGCGCCGGCCUGAGCGCGGCGGAGGUUCAGUCGACUCGCGUGUCGCCUCUAGUUGCUCCUGCCCCUCUGCCUGCGGCGACACCGGCGCCACAUCCGUCCGUCCAGGCGGGUCCUGUUCCCGCACCCCUCGCUGCAGCCCCCCCCCUGCUCAACGUCCUCCGUCCCCUGGCCGUCGGCAGCAUCGGCCUCAUUCCCCUGUGCCACGUGACGAGCGGGAGACACCACGGCGGCGGCACGAUUCUCCUCGGCGCCGUGGUUCAGGGGCGAACUGGUCUGCACCCCGUGGCGGCCGAGGAGGCUUGUGGGGAGGGCGUGGUCGCGGUGGCGGCUAGGUCUGCGCCCUACACGCCUGCACCUCCUUUUUCACCGUCUGCCGUUCCUCCUCCUCGUGCUCCCGUUGCAUCUGUUGCUGCUCCUGGGAACCGUCUGCGGCUGCCGUGGGUUCCUCCUGUGGCGGGCGUGGAGUUCGUGACCGCGGGAGGAGGAUCGGUGACGCCGCAGUAUCCAUCUCUACUGCCCGUGGAUCCUGCUCCUCCGGCUGUUGAUCUUCCUAUACAGUCGCUGGUGGGGCCAUCUCCUUCGGUGGAUGUGCCUGAGGCGUCUCUGGGGCAGCUUUGGCGCCUCUCUGAAGGCUUGCAGGCCGUUCACCUGAUCCAGGUGUAUUGUCACGUGGCACUUUCUCGCGGCGUGCCUCUGGUAGGCGGCCCUCUGGACGAGUGCUCGGAUGCCGCUGACCGGCUUGCGGAGCUCCUUGCGCUCGUGUUGGCUGCGCCCGCACGGGGUGGAGUUGCGGGCGUUGGACAGCUUGGGAAUGAGCUCCGUGGUCUGCGCCAGGUGAUGCGCGCAGUGACUGCAGUCGACCUGAUCGCCGCCACUGUGAUGGUGCGCGAGCUUCAUCGCUCUCUGACAGGUAUUCUCGCCGUCCUUGACGCGGAUCAGAUCUGCAGCAACUGA